GGCACCCACAGGAAUGUCAUCUGAUCGGCAUUCACAUAAGUACUGGGCUUGGAAGUCACCGCCGCGGCGUCGCAACACUGACUCCAGAUGGAAGCGUAACAAUUAUCCAAAGCGAGCACGCGGCUCGGACCCCGGAUUUCCGAAUGACACAAUUUCAUAACUAUCUUUUUCCGAUCUUGAUUUUUCUUCUGACUCACCUCUCCUUCGACCAUAAAGUCUCUCUAGCAAAGCAGAACCCCGUUGUUUCACUGACCCUUUGGUAUACACAAUGGAGGCUAUUGAUCUGCGGCACCAUUUGAACACUCUGUCCCUCUCCCGAAGUCCCAGUCCCCUGAAGGACAUCAUGAAGUAUAUGGCUGUUGAUGGAAUGGUUAGCUUAGCGGGAGGUCUUCCUCACCCUUCUCUAUUCCCUUUCGUCGAUUUAGAGGCCAACGUGUAUUCCUCCAACGUCGAUUUGCACUCCAAUGCUUCGCGGGAACUGAUACAUCUGUCCAUCCACAAAGACGAUAAGAAUGACGGUCAAGUGGUGAAUCUAGCGACUAGCCUGCAGUAUUCCCCCUGUACUGGACUUCCGUGGCUGCUCAAUUUCACGCACGAGUUUACGCGUACCGUGUUUCGUCCUGCUUACAAAAACUUUGAGGUGUUAUUGAAUGAAGGUAGUACGGAUGCUUGGAGUAAAGUGGUCAACCUACUCUGUGAGAUGGGGGACUUCAUACUCGUAGAGAAGCAGACUUAUCCCACUGCGCAGGCGCUGUGGAUACCGAUGGGAUGCAGCGGCGUUCCAAUUGAGAUGGAUGCCGAAGGCAUGCGCUCAGAUGCAUUAGAGGACGCACUUCGCAGCUGGGACUCGGAUCAUCCAGGCGUCAAACGCCCUCAUGUUCUUUAUACUGUUCCUACGGGGCAAAAUCCUACCGGCUGUACCAUGUCUGCCCGUCGCAAACAAGAAAUUUAUGCUAUCUGUGUGAAAUAUGACAUCAUAAUUGUGGAAGACGACCCUUAUUAUUUUCUCCAGUUCGAUGAAUACAUUUUCGGAAACGGAAAACAAAAUGGCCACGCGGUUGCUCCUUCUUACGAUGAAUCGUUGUUCCUUAGCUCGCUGGAACGCACGUUCCUCAGCUUUGACACGGAAGGACGUGUGAUUCGCCUCGACACUUUUAGUAAAACACUUGCACCUGGAAACCGCGUCGGGUGGUUCACAUGUAAUCCUGUUUUCACAGAACGCUUACUUCGCGCGACAGAGGUGGUCACUCAGACACCCUCGGGAUGGAGCCAGGCAAUUCUAUCAGAACUGCUGCGGUCUUGGGGCAUCAGCGGGUACUUGAAGUGGCUAUCGGGGUUAAAGCGUGAGUACGCAGUGCGUAGGAAUUGGAUAUGCGAUGCUCUGGGCGAGGCAUUCGAUAUCAAGGCGGGGACGAGUGACGAAGGUCUAAUGGUCUACGGCAAGGGUACGAGUGUUAGGUUGUUCAGUUUCGUCCCUCCGCGUGCCGGAAUGUUCUUGUGGUGUAAGUUGUAUCUGAAAGAGAACAAGGACUUCUUGGCCGUUAAGGCUGAAGCCGGCGACGAGGAUCCCGAGGCAGCUUUUGAAAGGAAAAUAUGGAAGGAGCUGGCUGACGAAAAGGUUUUGCUCACGCCAGGAUCGUAUUAUACCCCGUGGCAAGGAAAGGGAAAGACAUCGAUCGCAACCUCCGGUAGAGAACAGGGCGUUAUCUUCUUCCGGAUAGCGUUUUCGAUGACCACGAAAGAUGAUAUGGCGCUAGGAAUCCAAAGAAUGGCUCAAGUUCUACGUCGUUCUUGGGGCCUGGCAUAGACACCUCCAUAAAAUUAUUCAACUAAUCUACUGCUAUCAGC